AUAAGAAAAUACCAAUUCCACCAGAAUCCUUGCUACCAGUUAUUUAUGGAUGCCUUCUUUCUCUAAGACUUCAAACUACUUAACUUCUUUUCACUCUAUCUGCAAUUAUUAACGUAGUGUCUUUGUCCACAACAUGUGUGCCACUUGGAGGUUUCCCAGCCAGAAACAAACAUUCUGAGUGUUCUGCAAAAAAUAAAUCUACAUUGUAUAUUUCCUCCACCUGUAAACAAAGUCCCAUGAGAUGGGUAAUCAUAAGACAAGAAAUUGAACUGUAAUAGAUUAUAUCCACAGACAUCAGUUUUCAAGAAUUCCUCCAGAGUUAAUAUGGAGGAUGGUAAUCACUCAGACACUUCUAACACAGAUAUUUCUGGGAAUAUAGAUUCGGUUAAACAGACAUCUGGUGCUGAGGAACCAUUAUCUCAUGGUAAGAAACCAUUAUCUGAUAAUGAAAGUUCAUUACAGAGAACUAUUAAUUGUGAAAUUUGUGGGGAAUCUUUUGUAAAUUGCAGUAAUUUAAAAAAACACAAAAGGUUACACGCUGGGGAAAGACCACUUCGGUAUGAAAUCAGCGGAAAAUCAUUGAAUCGGGAGUCUCAUCUUGUUGUCCACAAACGUAGUCACACUGAGGAAAAACCUUUCCGCUGUGAAAUAUGUGGAAAAAAAUUUGUUGAUGAAAGUACUUUGAAUGCUCACGAGGAAAUUCACACGGAAGAAAAACUUUACAACUGUGAAAUAUGUGGAAAAUCAUUUGUGGAUAAAUGUUAUUUAAAGAUUCACAAAAAAAUGCACACGGGCGAAAAAUGUUUUUCGUGUCAGACAUGUGGUAAAUUAUUCAGUCAUAAUUCUCGGCUUGUUGACCAUGUACGAAGCCACACGGGAGAAAAGCCGUAUUCUUGUGAAACAUGUGGUAAGUCGUUCGCGUAUAAGUAUCCCCUUAUUAUUCAUAAACGGAGCCACACCGGGGAAAAACCAUUCUGCUGUGAAAUAUGUGGAAAGUCCUUUGCCAGUAACCGAUCCGUGACGUAUCACAAUAGAAUCCAUACUGGAGAGAAACCGUUUCAGUGCAUCACAUGUGGGAAAUCUUUCGUGACUAGCAGCGCCUUAAGAAUUCACAAACGAAUACACACCGGAGAGAGACCUUACCCUUGUGAUUUAUGUGGGAAAUGCUUCAUUAAUAGGUCAACGCUUGUUACUCAUAUGAAAAGCCACAUGAAAGUAAAAACUUACCACUGCGAAACAUGUGGUAAAUCGUUUACAAAGAACUCCCUUUUUACGCUCCACAAGAGAAAACACACUCGGGAGAAGCUUCAUAAUUGUGACACAUGUGGUAAAUCUUUUGCUAAGAACUAUCUUCUUACACUCCACAAAAGGAAACACUCGAGGGAGAAGCUUCACGAUUGUGAAACAUGUGGCAAAUCUUUUAUUAACAAUUCGCAACUCGUUGGUCACAAAAGAGUCCACACCGGGGAAAAACCGUUCCACUGUGAAACGUGUGGGAAAAAUUACUCUUCUAGAAGCAAUUUGACAAAGCACAAACUCCAACACUCUGGGAAAAAAGAAUUCCACUGCGAAUUAUGUGGUAAAUCUUAUUUUAAUAAUUGUGAUUUGAAAAGACACAAAAUAAAACAUGAUGGCGAAAAAACAUUUCACUGUGAAAUCUGCGGAAAAUCCUUCUUUGAUAAUUGUAACCUUAUUGUUCACGUUCGUACUCACACAGGAGAAAGGCCCUGUUUUUGUGAUAUCUGCGGGAAAGCUUUUACCUGUAGUAGUCACCUGAACAGACAUAAACGGGGUCACUCUGGAGAAAGGCCUUACCAUUGUGACAUCUGUGAGAAAUCAUUUGUAAUUCUUAGCGAUUUGACUCAACACAAACGUAAAAAACACUUUGAGAAAGCCUUAGAGUUAUGAUUCAUGAGGAAUGCUUCCCUUGUAAUAAAUGUGAUCUUUUAAUAUUGGAGAUUUUUCAUGGUGAAUUACGUUGGAAUUGUUUCUCUUUGAAAUUUUGUAUCGCAAUUUACAAUGUACCUUGAUAUGUGAGACACACUUUUACAAACACACCUAGGAAUUAUAAACUUGUCUUCUUAUUAAGCAUGAUUGGAAAACCCAAACAUAAAAUUAGACAUGAAAUUUCUAGAGAAAUACAUGGUUUUGUGUUAUCCCGAGGCUGUAGUAGAAGACACUUGCUGAAGGUGCUACAUAGUGGGACUGAACCCAGGACACUCUUUUACAAAAACAGUUGGGAAUUAUAAACUUGUGUGUGAAUAGAUAUGGAGGAAAUAAAAGCGUUAUUCUAAAUA